AUGGCGGUCCUGGCCUUGCAGCUGGUGGGGCUGGCCCUGUCGGUCUUGGGCUGCCUGGGGGCCAUCUUGGCCUGCGCCCUGCCCAUGUGGAAGAUGACGGCCUUCAUCGGCUCCAACAUCAUCGUGGCGCAGGUCUUCUGGGAAGGCCUAUGGAUGAACUGCGUCUACGAGAGCACCGGCCAGAUGCAGUGCAAGAUCUACGACUCCUUGUUGGACCUCCCGUCGGACCUGCAGGCCGCCCGUGCCCUCGUGGUGGUCUCCAUCGCCAUGGCCUUCCUGGCCCUCCUCAUCGCCAUCGCUGGUGCCGAGUGCACCCGCUGCAUAGAGGACAGGAGCGCCAAGGCCAAGGUCUCGGCGGUGGCCGGCAUGGUCUUCAUCCUGGCAGGGCUGGCUCUUCUGGUUCCCGUGUCUUGGUCGGCCAGCUCCAUCAUCAGCAACUUCUACAACCCGCUGGUGCCCGAAGCCCUGAAACGAGAGCUGGGCAUCGCGCUGUAUGUGGGCUGGGCGGCCAGUGCCCUCUUGGUGUUUGGGGGAUCCACUCUCUGCUGCCUCUUCCCUCAAAACAAGGACAAGAAACCCCACCUGGUGAGAUAUUGUGUGGCAAAACACUCCAACCCGGGGAGCUAUGCCCGGAAGGACUAUGUGUAG